UCUGGCGCCGCACGGCGCGCUAGUUUCGGCUUGCCGCUCCGACGCGACGGUCAUCCUAUUUGAAGCGGUUGCCGACUUCCACGUGGAGGCGGUUAACCGAAACGCGUCCUCCGUUGUUUACGCCAGUUGUUUCUUGCCUACAUUUUUUCUGUUUUUCUCGUUUCUUUCUUUUUCUUUUUUUUUUAUCGAAAAUUAUUUUUACGGAAAUCAUUCCCUCGAGAUCGUUUCCUGACUUCCUGACUUCCCUUCGAGUGACGCGUAUAUUUCGCGAAGGAUAAAGUUAACGUUGCAAAAGUGAUAUUUGAAAUGUGUUGGACUUACGAAAGAGAGAAAGAGAGAGAGUGACAGUGAUAGUAUAAAACGACAAGAGAAAUAAAUAAUAGAGAAUUUGUUACUUAAAGAUUAACGCGUGAACGUAAAGAUCGUAACGCGAUUCGAAGCGCGUUCUUCGUGUUUGUUUUACUUUCAACUACAUAGAGUGAGACUCGUAAAAAUAACGUGUGCGAAAAUAGUGAGGUUAUCGAAAAUUCGGUAUUUGGAUUACCCAUUUGGAGUCUUCCUCUUGUGUCCCCGCAGCUGCUUGGAAACUUGGAAGGGAAAUACCUAUCUUCGAGUGGCCGAACAAAGGAAAGGAACGAAGAAGAAAGGAGCCCUUCGUGGGACAAGGACAACGUUCGUACAAGGUACCGAGAAAAGUAAAUGAUAUAAUAAGGCAGACUGAGAACGGUAUACCGAGGAAUCGGAAUUCUCUCUUCGUGGAAGAAACGUAGACGUCGCCGUAGGAAUUCCAUCGACGAUGAGCUAGCGACACGAUGAGGAGGAUGAAGGAGCGCGCGCUGCUCGCCUGGCCAUGGUUGUGGCUGUGGUUGUUCGCAGCCACGCCAGGUACGCCGUCUUCCGACGCUUCCAUCCAGAGCACUCUCUUCCCUAUGUCAUCGUCAAACGUUGGAGGUGUAGCGCCGAAAACGUUGUCCUUCUCGACGAUCGGUACUACGACAGCGAUGACAACGAUGCUGUCGUCGUCGACAACGGCAAUGAUGUCGACGACGACGCAGUUUCCAAUUCCGCCGACUACUACGAGCGUCGCAACAACGGCAUCGGCGCCUUUCACAGCAGAAUUGAGUUCCUCGCCAAGGUACAAGUUCGCGUUUACGCGAUCUCUCUAUAACGUUUCGAUUCCCGAGAAUUCGAUAGGAAAAACAUACGUCGUGCCAGAAGAGAAGAUGGGAAUAAGACUGAACAGUCGUGAAAGUGGCCAUGUAGAAAUACGCUUUCGUAUAACGAGCGGCGAUCGCGACAAGUUCUUCAAGGCCGAGGAACGCGUCGUCGGUGACUUCUGUUUCCUAUUGAUUCGGACUCGAACCGGUAACGUCGACGUGCUCAAUCGCGAACGUAAGGAUCGUUACGUGUUGGAGGUACGUGCGACCUCGACCAAGCGAGACGGUAAGAACAAAGCGAUCGUCCUCGAGGCGGACACGACGGUGGUGGUGACGGUUCUCGACACGAACGAUCUCAAUCCGUUGUUUUAUCCGACCGAGUACGAGGCAACCGUCACGGAGGAUACGCCUCUGCAUCGGAGUAUACUCAGGGUAACUGCCGAAGACGCUGAUCUCGGCAGGAACGGCGAGAUUUACUACAGCUUCGCCCAAGAGAACGACCAGUUUGCUGUUCAUCCGGUUAGCGGGGUCAUCACGCUCACGAGACCACUCAGGUACGCCGAGCACGCCAUCCAUGAACUAGUGGUCCUAGCGAAAGAUCGUGGGGCGCUAUUCCGCAAUGUGGGUACUAUCCGAGCAAGCACGGCAAGGGUCAUGAUCAGGGUGCGGCAGGUGAAUCUGCACGCCCCAGAAAUCUACGUUCAUCACCUGCCCGACAUAGUGGAGCACUCGAACGCGGAUAUCUAUGCCAUCGUACGAGUGAUCGACCGUGACGAAGGCGUACACGGGGAGAUCGCGAGCUUGGACAUCGUGGGUGGCGACCCGGCUGGACACUUCAGGAUACGGCAGGCUGGUCCGACCGAGUACAACAUCGAAGUAUUGCGUUUGUUGGAUAGAGAGACCGCUUUGCAGGGUUACAAUCUUACUCUGAGAGCUAUGGAUCGUGGUAUACCGCAACGUUUCAGUUACAAAUCCGUACCGGUACAUUUGGCCGAUUUGAACGACAACGCGCCAGUCUUUAGUCGGGAAAUUUACGAGGAAGCCGUGCCAGAAACCGCUCCAGUAAAUACGCCGGUGAUCAGAUUGAAGGUGACCGACGCCGACGAGGGAAAAAAUGCUUUAGUAUUUCUAGAGAUAGUCGGUGGUAACGAAGGUGGCGAGUUUUAUGUAAACGCCGAGACAGGAAUGCUCUAUACCGCGGUGAACCUCGACGCGGAAAAGAAAGCCUUUUACACUCUUACCGUUUCUGCGGUCGAUCAGGGAAACACGGGUACUAGGAAACAGUCUUCCGCCAAAGUGAAAAUCAACGUGAUCGAUACGAACGACAACGACCCGGUCUUCGAGCAAUCCGAGAUGGAAGUCUGGAUAGACGAGAACGAAGCAGCUGGUACCUCGGUCGUCAAGGUCACGGCGAAGGAUCGUGACUCAGGCGAGAACGCUUACAUAUCCUACAGCAUCGACAACAUCAAGAAAGUACCUUUCGAGAUCGAUCAUUUCACGGGCAUCGUGAGGACGAAGCAGGUGCUCGACUAUGAAACGAUGAAGAGGGAUUAUCUGUUACACGUGAGAGCGAGCGAUUGGGGCUUGCCUUAUCGCCGCCAAGCGGAGAUGAGGUUACGAGUUAGAUUGCGAGACGUCAAUGACAAUCGUCCUCAGUUCGAGAGAAUCGAUUGUACCGGGCACGUGCCAAGAUACGUUCCAAUCAGUUCGGAAAUCAUCACCGUUUCCGCGAUAGAUUUCGACGCUGGUAACAUCAUCAGUUAUCGCAUAGUUUCCGGAAAUUCUGACGGCUGUUUCACUCUGGAUUCAGCGACCGGCGUUCUCUCGGUAGCCUGUGAUCUUUCCGACAUGAAAGCGACCGAGAGAAUCGUCAACGUCACGGCGACGGACGGUACUCAUUUUGCCGACGUGAAUCCAGUCCACAUGCAUCUGGUCAACGCCAAGAGGAAUCUUGCCUCUCAAGGGAGAAUUCUUUCCGACGAAAGCGGAGCCUUCGAGUGCAAAGACACCGGUGUUGCUAGACGUCUGACGGAUGCCAUUGCUUCGGCAGAAAGAAACAACAUGCCGUCUCGCAACGACGAGUAUUCUUUGACUCCCAGUCGCUACGGAGAGAACGUCCACGCACCGGAAUUCAUCGAUUUUCCGAACGAAAUCAGAACGAACGAGUCCGUCAAACUUGGUACUACGCUCGCCAAAAUAAGAGCGAGAGAUCGCGAUUUAGAUUACAACGGUAAGCUCGUCUUUUGUAUUUCCAGUGGCGAUCGAGAUUCCGUUUUCGGGAUCGAUCCGGAUACGGGUGAUCUUAACGUCAUCGGUUAUUUAGAUCGAGAAAGAGAAAGUGAAUACUUCCUCAACAUAAGCGUUUACGACCUGGGUAAACCACAAAAGUCGGCCUCGAAAAUGUUACCGGUAACGGUUCUAGACGUGAACGACAACGCGCCGAAAUUCGAAAAAUCUCUCGCCAGCUUUCGUAUCUCGGAGAACGCUUUGAACGGUACGAAUGUUUGGCGCGCGAACGCGACGGAUGCCGAUCUCGGUGAGAACGCACGUGUGACCUAUUAUCUCGUUACGGAGACGAACGAUUUCAAAGUCGAUCCUAUUACCGGCGUAUUGAGCGUCUUCGGGAAGCUCGACAGAGAGAGACAAGAACUGUACGAACUGAAGAUUCGUGCGAAGGACAACGGUGGAAAAGGUACGACCGACUCGCCGCCAUUAUACUCGGAUGCUUUGGUUCGCGUGACCGUCGAAGACGUGAACGACAAUGCGCCGAGCUUCGCUUUACCUAACUACAACGCAAAGAUUCGCGAGGAUGUGCCAAUUUGGAGCGUCGUUGCCGUCGUUGACGCUACCGAUCCGGACGAAGGAGCUGGUGGUGACAUCGAGUAUUUCCUUUCGGACGCCAUGGAAAGCGAAGGAUAUUUCAAGGUCGAUAAACUCUCCGGUACCGUUAGAACAACACAGAGUUUAGAUUUCGAGGAACGGCAAGUACAUACUCUCGCUAUUGUUGCCAAGGACAGAGGCGAACCUUCGAUGUCUUCCGAAACGUUGCUCGUCAUUGAGGUGGUCGAUGUUAACGAGAACCUACAUGCUCCGGUCUUCGACGAUUUCGUUAUCUCCGCGAGUGUUUUCGAGAACCAACCGGUUGGUACUCUAGUGACUAGUGUUCGUGCCAAGGAUGCGGACCCACCUGGUGGUGAUUCCAGAAUAGGCUAUAGCAUACGGGCUGGUGAUGGCAUCGGGAUAUUCUCCAUCGAUAAUGAAGGAAAUAUAAGGACAAAAGCGGUACUUGACGUCGAAACGAAAAACGGAUAUUGGCUGACAGUUUAUGCGCAGGAUCAUGGAGUCGUGCCUUUGAGUUCGAGUUUGGAGGUUUACGUCGAAGUGUUGGAUGAGAACGACAAUACACCGCUGACCGAGCUUCCCGUUUACUAUCCUUCCGUGCCGGAAAAUUCGCCGGCCGGUGUUAGUGUACUGCAGAUUCGAGCCUUCGAUCGUGACGCCUCGCCCCAACAAUUCACUUUUUCCAUCAGCAGCGGCAAUCCAGAGGGUUAUUUUCUCAUCAACUCCAGUACUGGUCUGAUCACAACGAGCGGUAGAAAAUUGGAUCGAGAGAAUCAAGCGGAGCAUGUUUUAGAGGUGACAGUGAGAGACGACGGUAGACCUCCACUAUCCUCGACGACAAGAAUAGUCGUAGAAGUUGCCGACAUCAACGAUCAUGGACCAGAAUUCGAGCAAAAGUUUUACACCGUUCAAAUUCCCGCUACGCCGUCCACCGAUAAACCGUUUUUCCAGAAAUCGAAGAACCGCUCGCGGGAGUUCGACCUCUCGAUCGAUACGUUACUCGAGAAUGGAACUUGGGAGACAUUUAGCCCCGACACCCUGUCAGGAGAUCGUAUCUUCAGGGUUCUAGCAAAUGACAAAGAUAUCGGUGACAACGGAAAAAUUCAAUACAGUAUUAAGGGAGGCCGCGGAAAGGGCAAAUUUAAAAUUCAUCCUACCACCGGGAUGGUGUAUUCGCAACGUGGAUUUGAAGCAGGGCAGGAAUACGAAAUGAUGAUACGAGCAACCGAUUGUGGUGAACCUCAACGUAGUCACCAAACACGAGUUUCCGUCCAAGUAGUCGAAGUGGCCAAAGAAUCCGAAAAUCCACCAGUUUUUAAAAGUAGUAAUCAAAGCGUAGAGAUGACGGAAAGCGACGAAGUAGGCUUUUUAGUGACUCUCGUUCAGGCCACAGAUAAAGACGGUGAUUCUCUGUGGUACGAUAUUUUAGAUGGUGACAAGCGAGACGAAUUCUUCAUAGGACGUGAUAACGGUAACGUGCUAUUAGCCAAGCAAUUAGAUUGGGAAACACAAAACUUUUAUAAUCUUACGAUUGGCGUUACUGAUGGCGUGCACACGGCCUUAACACAACUCUUGGUCACGGUGAUUGACAUAAACGAUCAUAGGCCAGAGUUCACUGAGAGCACCUAUCACGUGGACAUUUCGGAAAACGUUCCAAAAGGCGAAAAAAUUCUUCAAUUGCACGCGACCGACGCAGACGAGGACAAAAAAGUAUUUUACAGUUUACACGCAGCCCAAAGUCAAGCUUCCUUGGGUAUUUUUCACGUAGAUUCGAUCAGUGGUGCUGUCACAUUAAACGAACCUCUCGAUCGAGAAACUAUCGAGGAACAUGUACUAACGGUGAUGGUGAAAGACCAGGGCACACCAGCAAAACGAAAUUAUGCAAGAGUCAUCGUCACAGUUCACGAUCACAAUGACCAUGCCCCCGAGUUCAUUAGCGAGAUCAUUCAAGGGAAGGUUUACGAAACGUCUCCGAUUGGUACAGCCUUUGUACGAGUUUGCGCUAUUGAUAGAGAUCGAGGCGAUAACGCAAGGAUCACUUAUUCCAUUACUUCUGGAAAUGUUGGUAACAUUUUCUCCAUUGAUCCCAUACUAGGAGACAUUAGAGUGGCUCGAGAGCUGGAUUUGAGCGUUUCAGCGGAAUACAUAUUAUUGGUAAAAGCCGUAGAUCAUGGUUCACCUGCUCUCGCAAAUACCGUACCAGUUCACGUGAUGGUUACCAUGGCGGACAAUGCUCCACCUCGUUUCGUUCAACGAGAGUUGUCCGCUGAGAUCUACGAGAAUCAACAACUGGGCACUUACGUGAAGCACGUAGAUGCCAGAAGUACCUCAUCCUUGCAAUUCGAGAUCACUCGAGGAAAUAAAGAUGAUACGUUCUUCGUCAAUCCUAGUACCGGGGUUAUCGUUGUGAAGAACCCUUUAGAUUAUGAGAAGAGGAAGUUCUAUAAUUUGACAGUAGCUGCUACAAACAUGGCCGGUGCCACAGCUGUCUGUAACGUGAUUGUCCACGUGCUUGAUAGAAACGAUAACGCGCCACGCUUCAUUCAAGCAGUUUACAGUGGUGAAAUCAGCGAAGGUGCGACUAUAGGAUCGUUGGUACUUACCAACACGACUACACCUCUCGUUAUAAAAGCAGAAGAUGCCGAUUCGGAAUUGAACGCUUUAUUGAAUUACGAUAUCGUCGACGAUCUACCGAGAAAGUAUUUCCACAUUGAUUCUAGUACCGGUGCGAUUAGAACUGUGAUGGUGUUAGAUCACGAAACCAUUCCAGAAUUUACAUUCCACGUUAAGGUAUCUGACUUGGGAAAGCCUAAACUUUCAUCGGAGACUACGGCUAAAGUCAUGAUAGCUGUGACUGACGUGAAUGAUUGUCCACCAAAAUUUCUUCAAAACGAUUACAAUGCCACACUUCUCUUGCCUACGUACAAGAACGUUGCUGUUCUUCGGGUGAACGCUGUAGAUCCUGACAGUUCCGAAGGUGUUUCGUUAAGAUACGAUAUUAUCGAUGGCAACAAGGGUCAUACAUUUGACAUAGAUUCUCAAACUGGUAUCAUCACGGUUCUCAAUCCUGAACGUAUUAAGAAAAAUUAUUUGUUACACGUUCGCGUAUCGGAUGGAAAAUAUUCGAGUGUCGCGCAAGUGAAUAUAGUCGUCGAAAAAUCUGAAAAUUCAGGCUUGGUCUUCCAAAAGGAUGUUUACGAAGGCAACAUCGUUGAGAAUUCGACGAAAAUUAGAACCGUGGUGGUAGUCAAUGUUCUCGGUACUGUAUUGAACGAACACAUAGUCUUUAGAAUCUUAAAUCCUACCAACAUGUUCAUUAUUGGACCAACUUCGGGAGCGAUUAGAACAACUGGAGUAAGAUUCGAUCGAGAGACCUGCGAUCAUUAUGAAUUGAUCGUAGAGGCGAAGAGUCAGACAAGGGAUAUGGAAAAGCCCAGAGUGGCUCACGUUAUAGUUAACGUCACGAUUUUGGAUAUCAAUGAUAAUUGCCCUAUGUUCGUAAAUCUGCCUUAUUACGCCGUCGUUUCCGUCGACGCUCAGAAAGGAGAUGUGAUAACGAAGGUGCACGCGGUAGAUAUGGAUAGCGGUGAUAACGGAGAGGUUAGAUACGAAUUGAAAAAAGGACACGGAGAACUUUUCAAAGUUUGUCGAAAAACCGGAGAGAUAUCGUUGAAGCAAAACCUCGAAGGACAUAAUCGGGAGUAUCAGCUGACGAUAGCCGCGUACGACGGAGGAAUAACGCCAUGUUCCAUUGAGGUGCCAGUCAACGUGAAGGUGAUAGAUCGUUCGAUGCCGGUCUUUGACAAGCAAUUUUACACAGACAGUGUACUUGAAAGUAUCGAAGUACACUCGCCUCUAGCGCUAUCCAUACAAGCUGAGUCACCAUUGAAUCGUAAACUUAUAUACAGUAUUACCAAAGGCAAUGAUUUUGAAGAAUUCGCUUUGGACUUCAACACCGCCCCCGACAGUAACAAUGGUCCUUGUGUAAUCUAUGUGGUGGAUGAGCUGGAUUAUGAACAAAAGAAGCAAUACGAAUUGACCGUACGUGCCACUGACAGUGUGUCAGGGGUUUACGCGGAGGUGCUCGUUAGCAUACUAGUUCUCGACGUCAACGACUGUCCUCCCGAAUUUACUCAAGACUCUUAUAACAUUUCCGUCUCCGAGGCAGCUCCAUUUGGUACUUCCGUUUUGAAAGUUAGUUCCAGAGAUAACGAUACGGGUAUAAAUCAAAAGGUACGUUACGCGAUUCAAAACGACACAGAGAACAGAAAUGAUCUUUUCCAUAUCGAUCCGGAAGAAGGUGUGAUCUUCUUAAAGAGAUCGUUGGAUCACGAAAGUCACGAAUCGCAUCACUUCACCGUAGUUGCGAUAGAUCGUGGGGUACCAAGCUUAUCAAGUACAGCUCACGUUUGGGUAACUGUAAUCGACAUGAACGACAAUCCACCCAAGUUCGAACAACCCUCAUACACGUGCUUCUUAUCGGAACACGCUGAACGAGGACAGUUUGUAACGGUGGUAUCAGCAAGCGAUCCAGAUUACGUAAACGAGAAACUAACCUAUACGAUCGUUGGUGGUAACGAACAGCAAACUUACAACAUCGAUCAAUCUACCGGUAUAAUUUCUUUAAUUAACAUGCAAAACUUCGGCGAACAUAAGUUAAGUAUGUUGAAUGUUUCGGUGACCGAUGGAGUAUAUACCAGUUUUACUCGAGUAAAGAUCGAGAUAUUGCCAGCCAACAGACAUAAUCCCAAGUUUCCAAAUCCAGUGAUCGAAGUUACCGUAUUGGAAAAUCAAUUACCAGGUCGACUGGUUACCAGCGUGUUAGCUACAGACGAAGAUUUUGGAGAAUAUGGAACUAUCGUUUACAGCAUUCCCUCGAAUUUGAUGAGAGAAAUUUUUGACAUAAACAAACUGACCGGUGAGAUAGUAACGAGGAAGAAGCUCGAUCGGGAGAAGCAAAAGCUUUACGAGAUUCCAGUUAUGGCAACUGACGGAGGUGGAAGAUCUGGUUUCGUAAUGGUUCGAGUGAAAAUCGGAGAUGAGAAUGACAACCCACCAAUUUUCCUACUGAGAGAAUAUAAAGCAACGAUUCAUAGUAAUCUCUCGGUGAAUACUUCUUUCCUAAAGGUUAAAGCUCAGGACGCUGAUGAAGACGAAGCCGCCAAAAUCACUUAUUCGAUCUACGAACCACAAAGUUCCGAGGCCAGGGCAUUAUUUGGUAUCAAUCCCGAGACUGGUUCUUUGUAUCUACAGAAAACUGCCGUACCUUGGGAAAAUCAAUUAUUCGAGAUUUUCAUUCGUGCAGAGGACAAAGGUACGACUCCUCAUCACACGGAUGUACCUUUAAACGUCUACAUUAUGGCACCCCAAGACAUUCCUCCAUUGUUCGAACGCAAAGAAGGAAAAUUCUUUAUUUCGGAAGAUUCUCCCGUAGGAACACCGAUAACGAGAUUAAAAACCGUCACAAAUAGUACCGUGAAAUAUCGCAUUGUCUCGGGAAACGAAGAUUCGCCGUUUUUCUUGAUCGAUUCUCAUGGUCAAAUAACAUUGGGGAGAUCAUUGGAUCGAGAACAAAAAGAUAACCAUCUUAUUGGCGUUCUAGCUGAAACUGAUUCGAGUCCUCCGCUUACAGCUCUCGCAGAAAUAUCUCUUCAGGUUUUCGACGAGAACGAUCAUGCGCCAAAAUUUGAAAGUAAUCCUUAUGUUAUUACUUUAGCGGAAAAUGUGGAGGAAGGGACGUCUAUCUUAAAAGUGAUUGCCCACGACGAGGAUCUCGGUAGCAACGGGGAAGUUCGAUAUUCUUUUGGAUCCGAUAUAGGGGAAUUGGCGAAUGUCUAUACGGUGGAUGUAUAUACCGGUUGGAUUUCUACUUUGGUACAACUCGAUAAGGAAAAACAACCGGAAUAUAAGUUUCAGGUGGUAGCGACCGAUAACGGAAACCCUAAACAUUUCGCGAGAACGUCGGUACAUAUCAAAUUGAAAGAUUACAACGACAACCCACCGACGUUUGUCGACGAUCGUUACGAAGCUGCAGUGAACGAGGAUGCCUUGCCAGGGACGGUAGUCGUAAAAUUGGUCGCAGUCGAUAAAGACACGGAUAUCGUAACGCCAAUAGAAUUUUAUAUAACAUCGGGAGAUCCGAGAUCUCAAUUCCAAAUCAGAUCGACGGGAGAAGUAUACGUUGCGAAAGCUUUGGAUAGAGAAACGAUCGAUCAUUACGAGCUCGACAUUGUUGGUACCGAUGGAAAAUACGUCUUCGAUACAAAAGUAACUGUUCAAGUUUUGGACGUUAACGACAAUCCUCCGUACUGCUUGAGAUAUCGUUACAGAGAAGUUCUUUCGGAAGGAUCGCACCCUGGUACUUACGUACUCACCGUUCUUGCUACGGAUUACGACGAUGAGCCAAACGCUAAAUUACGUUUCUAUUUGACCGGUGAUAACAACGAUAAAUUCUCUUUGGAUAAAGAAACUGGUGUCUUAAAGAUGGUCGGUCAAUUGGAUAGAGAAACUCAGGCCAAAUAUUCGUUGACUGCUCAUGUACAAGAUAGGGACAAACCUUCUUGGGAAUGUUCUUCUCAAUUGGAGAUACUCGUUUCCGAUUUGAACGACAACAUGCCGAAGUUCACGAUGCAAACUUAUAGCACGACCCUUCCCGAAGAUGUAGAAGUUGGAACUUUGGUAACGAAAGUACAUGCUACGGACGAUGAUAUCGGUAUAAACCGUAAAAUUAGAUACGAAUUCAUCGAUUCCGCGGACGGACACUUCCUCAUCGCUGCUGAUAGUGGUAUAGUUACUUUAGCCAAGCCGUUAGAUAGAGAAACCAAAGCCAUGUAUAACGUUACCAUUAAAGCUCUCGAUCAGGGAACACCACAACUCGUUAACAUUGCCUCGCUAAUUGUCAACGUUCAAGAUAUCAACGACAAUCCACCAGAAUUCGCAUCGAAACUUUAUUAUUCGAAAGUGCCAGAGGUCUAUGCGGUUGGUACCGAAGUAGCGAGAGUCCUUGCGACAUCCAAAGACACCGGAGUCAAUGCCGAUGUUUAUUAUUCGAUCGUGGGUGGAAAUGAACAUAAGAAGUUCCAAAUAGACACGAAAACCGGUGUCAUAGCGAUCGCCGAACAAUUGGAUUACGAACGUGCUCGCGAUUACUUUUUAACGAUUCAAGCCAUCGACGGUGGUAUUCCACCUUUGAGCAAUCAUGCUACGGUUAACAUCACCGUCAUCGAUAGCAACGAUAACGCACCGAUAUUCAGCGAAGUUUCCUAUCGAGCAUCGGUCAGAGAAGACGCUAAAAUCGGAGAAAGGGUCACUCAGAUUUUCGCAAAAGAUCUCGACAGUGAGGAGAACGGAAAUGUUUCUUAUUACAUAGAACGAGGGGACAGACAAAAGCAGUUUAAUAUCGAUCAGAAAACUGGACAAAUUACGGUCGCAGCACCUCUCGAUCGAGAAGAGGUCUCUAAUUACAUAUUGGAAGUUCACGCACGCGAUAGCGGUUUGCCAAUGCUUUCGAGCUUCGUCAUGGUGAAUAUCGAGAUUCUCGAUGCAAACGAUAACCCACCAUUGUUCUCGAUGCCAAAUUAUACAGCUGUCGUUCAAGAGGACAAACCAAUCGGUCACGUUAUUCUCCAAUUUGUCGUUACCGAUGCUGAUACCGAACCCAACGCUGCGCCUUAUACGUUCGACUUUCGUUCUGGAAACGAGGGUGAUGCCUUUAGAUUGGAACAAGACGGUACUCUUCGCACAGCCACUAAAUUUAAUAACAGAGUAAAGGACAAGUACAUAUUGCACGUCCGUGUAUUCGACAAUGGAAGUCCACCUUUGUAUUCCGAUUCAUGGGUAGUAGUAAAAGUAAUCGAAGAAUCUCAAUAUCCACCUGUCAUUACGCCUCUUGAGGUGAUCAUUAAUUCUUACAUGGACGAGUAUCCUGGUGGUGUCGUCGGUAAAGUUCACGCGACGGAUCAAGAUCAAUACGACACGUUGCUGUUCAGUUUGGUGCCGUCUUCGCCAAUACCUAAUACGGAUCUUUUCGAAAUAAAUAAAUUCGAUGGAACCUUAAUAGCUUUACCUAGACUCGAUGUCGGUGAAUACAGAGUUAACGUUAGUGUGACCGACGGCAAGUUCCAUUCUCAUUCGAUCGUAAAAGUUAACGUCGAUCUGAUAACGGAGAAGAUGUUGGAAAAUUCGAUGAUCGUAAGGUUCAGAGAAGUCAGCCCUGAGGACUUUAUAUUGAGUCAUCGAAAAGGUUUCGUUAGAACAGUUCGUAAUGCUAUAAGCUGUAAGUUAAAAGAUAUCAUCAUUAUUAGCGUACAACCAUCGCUCGAUGAAAUCAACACGAUAAAAUCACGAGCGAUCAGAGAAGUCGUACACAACGAUCUAGAUCUUCUUUUCGCUGUGAAAAAACCAGCCACGCCACUCGGAACGAUCACAUUUUUCUCAUCGGAAGUUCUCAGAGAAGCCUUGAAUCAGCAUAUCGAAGAGCUCGAGGAGUCGACGAAACUGGUAGUCGAAGAGAUCGUUAGGUUCAAGUGCAUCAAAGGUUAUUGCGUCUACGGAGAUUGUCAUUAUAAGAUCAGUUUGGAUCCUACGUUGAUAACACCAGUCGCGACCGACGUGAUGAGCUUCGUAUCGCCGCGGCAUCGUCAUAAAAUGGAAUGUGAUUGUAAAGAGGGAUACGCCGGGAAUCAUUGUGAAGUUGUUGUCAACGAGUGUGCUCGAAAUCCAUGUCCACUAUUUAAAGUUUGCGUACCGGAUUCGAGCAUUCAAGGAUACUCUUGCCAGUGUCCGGACGGCUUUGCCGGACAAACAUGCGACAUUGACAUUUCCAAGUGUCACGACGAAUCUUGCUACAUACCACGAAAUCCAAUAUCUUUCAGCGGCAAAAGUUAUGCGCGUUAUAGGAUCGACAAGGCUCUCAUAAGACAAACGAUCGAAGAUCGCCUUAGUCUAUCCCUUAGGAUAAGAACGAUGCAACCAACGGGUAAUCUCAUGUAUGCGGCUGGCAAAGUGGAUUAUAACAUUCUUGAAGUAGUCAACGGCGUUAUACAAUAUAGAUUCGACUUAGGAAGUGGCGAGGGUUUGGUCCGAGUGAGUAGCGUCUACGUCAGCGAUGGACAAUGGCACGAGAUUCAGCUGGAACGUGAAAGCAAUAGCGCUAGAUUGACCGUCGAUGGAAAACACGUGGCACAUGGUUCAGCGCCCGGAAUUAAUGACAUUCUCAAUCUUCAAUCGGACGAUCUCUACUUGGGUGCCGAAGUACGACAGCAUCCCUCGAUUCUCGGCUUCGAAGACGUACAAAGAGGAUUUGUUGGUUGUAUGGACGACGUGAGGAUCGCCAGAGUCUCAGUUCCAUUGCACAUGAGUGGUGCCAGUAGCGUUGCGAUUUUAAGACGUUUCGCCAAUGUCGAGUUCAGUUGUGAUACCGCGGUCGUCCUAGUUCCGCCCGGUAUUUGUGGUUCUCAGCCUUGUCAAAACGGUGGUACGUGCAAAGAUUCUGGCGCGGAUAGUUUCGAGUGUCAGUGCCACAGCAGGUUCGCUGGUACGACCUGCCAAAUUGACACGGAUCCGUGUGCUUCGUCCCCUUGUCUUUACGGUGGUCGUUGCAAAAUCAUUCCGGAGGGUGGUGACUUUACCUGCGAAUGCGUCGGACCUAGUUUAACCGGCAAACGCUGCGAAUUCGGAAAAUAUUGCAGUCCGAAUCCAUGUAAUCACGGUGGUGUCUGCGAAGAGGGUAACAACGGACCGAUAUGCAAGUGUCAAGGCUUUACGGGCGAACAUUGCGAAAAUGAUGUUAACGAAUGCGAUGCGAAUCCUUGUACGAAUGGUGGAACUUGCGUAAACGAGAUCGGAACGUACAGAUGCGUCUGUCCACCGAACAUGACUGGCUUGAAUUGCGGAAAUCCUGCUUACUCGACACCCAUUAUAUCCAGUCACUUUAAUAUCACCUGGGAGCAACUCAUGUGGAUCGGCAUCGCCGUUGUCGUUAACGUCUUUCUCAUCGUCGUGUUCAUUGCUUUCCGAAGAAUAAGAAUGAAACGCUCGAGAGCACGAGCCAACAACAUCAAUAACGAAACGAGGAAGCAGAUUGUUUUGAAUUCAGCCCGACCUCACGAGCACGAGUUCAAGCGCAGCUCGAAGUUGAGCAAUCUCGAAGUGAUACAGAGAGAACCUCCCCAAUGUCCUCCCAGACCCGCCUCCUAUACUCCCAGUUCUAACAACGAACCAACCGCAUAUGGUAACACCGCCGCGGUAGCUCUCAAUAAUUUGGAUACCCUGCGUAGCUACGGUAGCGCGGGCGACGAGCUGGAGAAUUUUCCGCCAGAUUAUUUAAGAAAUUUGAAUCGUACCACUCCCGUUCCCCCUCCGUCUUUAACCCUUGCCAAUCCAGUGGUCGGUGGAAAUCCCACGAGCAGCGACACGGACAGCCUGCAUAAGCCCACGUGGCAAGAACAGAUGCAGCUGGCCUCUUUCAUCACGGAUACGACCAAGAUAAAGAACGACCUGAAACGAGCGAGCCCAGUGGUACCGGAGCUGACCACUGGAGGACUUCUACUAAAUUCAGCUCGACGAACGCCUCACGGAGGUGGGACCUCUAUCGCUUCCCUGACGUCCAUCGAGGAUGAUCCUCGCAUCGUUGGUGGGUAUCACUGGGACUGUUCAGACUGGGUCAGGCCAAGCCAGAACCCCUUACCUAACAUCACGGAGAUACCUGGCAGCGAAGUUCCAGACUCGUCCAGCUUCCACAGCAAUGAGAGUAACGAGUCGAACACUCAUCAAUUAUCGUCAAUGCACGGUCCAAUAGAUCAAACGAGAGACAUCGAGACUUUGAACGAGGAUCAGGAGUCCGAGUAUGUCGGUGAUUCGGAAUGCGGAACCGAAUUUUCGGAACGAUAUCACCACUGUACCGAGACGCAACGUUUGAAUCCUCUGGACAGUGGCGGGGAAGGGGAAUACAAGUACAAAGGGUCCGAAAGUUAUCUACGACAUCCGAAUUCUUAUCUACCCCAUUAUAAUAUUCACACGGAUACCGAAAACGAAACGAAUCCAUUGAACGGACGUUUAAGCACACUCGAGUCCGACGAGGAAGAAGAUGACGUAGUGCCUUAUGGUUUUCCAAGCACCCGCCGCAAUCGAUGCCACAAAGGGGAUGAAGUCGACGAAAUUGGUUCGGUGAUCACGACGCUCGAAGAGAGAAAUUCUUUAUUGGGUGGCGCUACGAGCAACAGUGAUCUCUCAACGAAUCUUUGCGAGAUCGAUGAUUCCGAAUACGAGAUCGCCGAUCAAAAAAGUAAUGGACGUUUGUGGUUGUCUGGUAACGGUAUCACUCAAACCUCGGUGUGACGAACGGUGCUACAGGAAGAUUCGACUAGACUGAUCCGAAACGCGUUUUCCUUUGUGUUUUUCUCGACACGACGAGGGAAUCCGGGUGUUCAUAAAUCUACAGUUUUGUACAUAGGUAUUAUCGAAUUAGUUAGACAGUCUGUACAGGUAGAGUUACGUAAAUAAGGGGACUGAUAACAUUAUACACGUUAUUAUAUUAAAGAGACCGGUGUGCGAUCAUCUACUAUAUCUCGAGCCAACGGUAUAUAAUUGAUUGAUUAAUUAAUUAAUUAAUUAAUUAAUUAUUACAACACGAGUACACCGUGCCUCAAAAUUCUCCACGCGAUAUAGAGUUUUAGGUACCAACGUACUUAAUUCUAUAAUUCCUCGGAAAAGUUUACUUCAUGCUGCUCGAUACUAACCAACCAAUUUUUAAUCCUGGAUAAGAAUAUUUUUUAUUUGAAUUUCUUUGCUAAUCGUUCAUCAAGCUUAUAUAAUCGGUAUACGCCGAAGACUAUCUCUGAAAUUGCUUUUUCUUUCUUUUGCUACUUUCAUAAAGGAAAAAUAGAGAAAAAAGAGUAAGUCCGAGCAAAGAGAUAUUCCGUGCAAACUACAAACAUUUGUUAUAUAACAUAUAUAAUAUAUAAUAUAUAUAUAUAAUAUAUAUUAUAUGUAUACAUAUAUACAUUCAAGGAAUUAUUUCAUUUUAGAUUUAAUAAUAUUUCAUCGCUGAAGAGAAGUAAACUUAAUGAAUCACGACCGCGUCGUCAGACCAAUGACUAUCGUUUAAUAAAUCUAUCGUUUAAAACUUGGAUAUUAUCCGUGACUAUAAUUCCAGUGCUAAAAAUACAUAGGUAUUCUUUAUGUAUUUUUACUAUUUGCUAAUUGACUUUAUUUUGAUUACGUGUAAAUGAAGACAAACGGACUACUUAAUGAAUAUAAAUGAAUGAAUAAAUAAAUAAAUAUAUAUAUAUACACACAUAUAUAUAUAUAUACACACACAGACACUCACAUGUAUAGAGAAUAAGUACUGUAUAGAUUAGGAAAUGAAUUGACUCUAGCGAAAGAAAAAAAAAAAAGAAAAAAGAAAAAAGAAAAAUUGCGCUAAUUCUGCGAACGUUAAAUGCACGCAUCGGUCGCGGGCAGCAAACGCAGAUUAAUUAAUAAUAAUUAAAAAAAAAAUAAUAAAAAAUAAAAAAAAAGAUAUGAAAUAUUUUUACUGUGAUGAUAAUAAUGUUUAUACGAUGAUCAAAUACUAUAAAUAGUAUCGUAAUAAUU